UAUCAUACCACAUCCUUUUUCAUACAUGCAACACUGAAAAAGCAGCCAAAAGAGAGAAAACACAUGAUUUGCCUCUGAAGAAACCGAUGAUUCUUUGUCUCCAACCCUGCAUUUAUUCGCAUGAACGAAACCCCAUCAUCUCUCAUACCUUCACACGUCAGUUUAAGGGACAAAACAAAGCAAGUCUCACACUCUCAGAGAGAGAGAGAGAGAGAGAGAGAGUUCUUGUAGAUGAUCAUGGGAAAGAAGCUGGGGCUAGUGCAUUGGCUAUUGUUGAUGCAAUUGCAAUAUCAUUGCUUGUAUGGAGCGGCGGCCUCGGUGCAAGAGAAGGCGGAGACGGCGAUCCCAAUCACGACGAUGUCCCCUCCGGCGGAGGGCAACACGACUUUCCUCGGCGGCACGACGUGGUGCGUGGCCCUUUCGGGUGUCCCCCAGGCCGACCUCCAGAACGCGCUGGACUGGGCCUGCGGGCUCGGGAUGGCCGACUGCAAGCCGAUCCAAGAGGGCGGGGCGUGCUUCGAUCCCGACACGCUUGUGUCCCACGCCUCAUAUGCCUUCAACAACUACUACCAGCAGAACGGCAAUUCGGAGAUCGCGUGCAACUUCGGCGGGACCGCCGCGCUCACUAAAGCCGAUCCAAGUUACGGAAAAUGUGUCUACUCCGCGCCGGGCUUGGCCUCGCCUGCGCCGCCACGACCCGAGCACGACCCGAGCCUCUUCGGCAUCAAGAUGGCGGGGAUCUUGCUGAUGUUGCUGCUGUGAGAUCAGAUGAAGCUGCAAAAAAGAUGAUGCACAAUCACCUCCAAGUGAUUGAAAGUGGUGUUUAAUGUCUAUUACUAUCGGGAUCGGCUCAAUUUUGUUCGCAUGAAUUUCUAUUUUGGCCAUCUAAUAUUUGUUUGCACAUAUGAAUCAUCAUCUGCUUUCGCGUCUUUUUCUUGCUCAGAUGAAAAGGGCGCUACCAAAGAAGAGAUCGCCUAAUGCCAAAAGCCCAAAUCGAUCCUGGAAAAUUUAUGCGCGAUAUUUUCAAACCUGAAAGAACUUGAAACGUACCCGACUAAUUGUGUAUCAUUCGAUAUAUUCUUGAUACAUUAAUGUUAUUCAAGAAAUAAUGUGUUUUACUUCGAUAA